UGUUUUGUUGGGAUAGGCGAGUGUCAAGGGCAUAGAAAACGUACGUACAUCUUAUCUUCGGAACUCUUGUACCAGCAUCUUGUCCAGCUAUGCUAACCAUAUUCAACAAGUAUGUGCACACACACGCACACAUAUAUGCCCCCACCACCACCAACAACAACAACACCCAAAAACCGCCACUACAUCCAGCACCUAUUAACUCUUCAGCCACUCUGUUAUCUCACUUCCACUUUUAAUUCCUAUCUUCACAGUGACUAUCUCCAACGUCACACAACCCUCUUCCACCACCACCACCACCACCACCAUCGACUAAUAAACCGACCAUCAUCACUGCUUCCACCACCGCCACUUUCAACACCACUACCAUCUCCGCCUGUGCUUCUGUAAACUAUAUUAGCCAGAUACUUUCACAGACUUAUUUGCUUUCGCUCAUUCAUUCAAUAUACACUUUUACUGGGUUUUUUUUUAAAAAAGAAAGAAAAGAAAAUUUACGUAUCUAUCAUUCACGUACCUCUUCAUCUAUCUAUCUAUCUAUCUAUCUAUCAUCUGUCUGUCUGUCUGUCUAUCUCUCUCUUUCUCUGUCUCUCUUCCCUGUUUACUUAUAAUUAUACUUACUCCAAAACUGCUAUCCCAUGACAAUUAUCACCACUAGUAACACUACAAAUACUCAAGAUGUCUCUUCAAAGUUUUAAACAACUUUUGACCUGGUAAAAAACAAAAAAAAAAAAAGAAGAAAAACUCAUCCACACUCACAGUCAUCGCCAACACUUUUCGCAUCAUUCAAAAAGACAAAAACAAACUACUAAAAGUCAUAUGUGAUAACAAGGUUGGAGUUUACAGUUACGAUUAACAACAGCAGUAGAAAUCGUCGUUACCAUCAUUAUUAUCAAAUAUUUAAAUGAUAACAAUAACAACAACACCGUGAAUCGUGCCAAGUGUUUCGGUCGAUUGCGUAUAACAGGACUACUAAGAGCUAACCACAACAGUUACAGCUACAAUAUCAGUAAGAACAACAACAAGUACUACAUCGAAUCAACUAGGGAGCUGCUACGUAGUUGUUCGCCCGAUCUGCUAGAAAUAGCAGCCACAUUUUCUGUAAAUUUUCUCAGUUUGGGAUGACCUGAGUCUAAAAAGAAACAGGCCGUCACCACAUCUACCAACAAGAAAUCAGCAUCAUUUGAACUUAGAGACAGCAAAAGUAGCAUAAAGUAUUUUUUUUUCGAUGCUAUACUCAUUCCAUCACUUUUAAGCAAGAACGUCAGUAGCAACAACGUUGAUUAAUUAAAAAAAUAUCAGAGAUGUUCUUCCUUUCUCUGGCAGGAAUAUAAUCGAUAAUCGAUAAUUACAUCGAUGAUCUGAAUUCCCACUUCUCUUAAGUUAAAAUAUUUGAUUAGUAUUUAUUUUAUCAAUAAACCCGUUCCUCUCUGGACGAUUAAAUUGAUGAACAAAGAACAUAAACAGGAACGUAACUAUAUACCCCAAAAGAACAUUUGAACCAGCAUUCACCCGAUUCUACCAAACCAUCACCCUUAUCACCACGAAAUAACAGAAUCGAUAAUCAAUGUUUUAAAUAUUUAUUUCCAAGACAAGUAAACCGAAAAUUUUAGGGAAACGGUAUUUGACUGGUAACCUUAUCAUUCUCAUACAAAAAUGGAAAGCUAAAACGAAAAAAAAAAAACGGUGGGAUUUUGAACGUUGAACGUGUAAAGGGGUAAACUACGACUGUACGGUGAUUUUGUCCAACCCUGGAAGAACAAUGCAGCACGCUUGACAGAGCAAAAGGCUUGAAAUUUAAGAAUUUGGUGUACAACAAACUUCGGAGGAAGGAAAGACAAAGUCGAUCACAACGGGAUUUAAACACAAAAACAUAAAGGCACGCUAUUAAAUAUUAUAAGGCCUCAAAUUUGGGAGGAAAGGCAUAGACAGUUACAUCAACCUCAAAACUUCGAUAAGGUAAAGUUAAACUCGGCUGGAUUUGAACUGAGAACGGAGAGAGGACUGUAAAUUAACUAGGUACCGCAGGGCCUUUUGUCCAUCACUGUUACUCUGACUUUGCUGUUAAUCUUAAUCAUAAAAUAUUAGCAACUACUGAAACAAAAUUAACAAUAACAAAAGGAAAAAAAAAGUAAGAAGAAAUAAAUUAAGAAGCUAUAAAAAAAAAUAAUAAAAUCACCGUUAUCAACAAAUAUUUCCAACUGGCUUCAUCACUGCCACCAGCGCCACCUAUCGGUUCUUCACGACUGCUGUGGUCAUCUCAUGGGAUGCAGAAAAAAAGCGUUACCACCAUGGAGGAGAUACUGCAACCGCACAGCCACAGCAGUAAGGAAGUUAACUUAAUUGUGCUGGGGUCUCCAGGUGUCGGCAAAUCAGCAAUUUUGGUGCGAUAUCUUACGAAGCGAUUCAUUGGGGACUACCAUCCUUUGCUUGAGACCGUUUCCAGUCACAGCACAGUUGUGGACGACAAAACUGUUUUGGUUCAUAUCAGAGACACAGCUUGGAAGGCUAUUGACAGUCAACAGCGAGAGAACCACUUAUCGUGGGCUGAUGGGAUUAUGAUUGUUUACUCAAUCAUGGAUCGAGAAAGCUUCGAAUCAUGUAAGAAACUCGUGGACAAGGUAUUACAACUGUGUGACGAAGCAACACCAAUUUCUGUCAUAGGCAACAAAGCCGAUAUGUUACAUAUGAGACAAGUACAAUUCGAAGAAGGUUUAGCUUUUUGCCGUAAUAGGAAUCUUCUGUUUUCUGAAGUAUCUGCUGGGGAUAGUUACGACAGUGUAGAAAAGGCUGUGAGGACUUUGAUUCAAGAGGUUCGACAUUGUCGAAAGAAAAAGGAAAAGUCAAAAAAUUCAGAAGGUGGUUUAAAAUUGGAUAUACGACAAUCUCUAAAAAAUUUCACCGAGAAACGUCUUCAAAUUCGCCAUCGAACAUCGACCUUGUAAUGCAGACAAUUACGAUGUGGAAUGUAAAAGCUGUCGUUUGCUUUGCAGAAACUUACGUCAUGAUAAAUCCUAACUGGCUUCAUUUUUGCACGUUUGUUACUUGAGAAGACGCAUAUUUUUUAAUAUUUUAUCUUAAUGUUUUUUUUAUUUGUUAUUAUCUGUUAAAAGAAGUAAAAUUGAGAUGUGUUUUAUGUCAAAUAUUUUACAUAACAGAUUAUGUGGGUUGAGUGAGUAUCGGAAAGCCAGCAGAUAGUCUAAAACAAAGUUCUCAGAAAUGCCUUUUACCAUGUGUAUAACAUAUUUUUUCAUUAAAGCCAAUGUAAAAUCAUAAAAUGGACAGAAGAAAACUGUAAAAAACAAAAAGUCAGAUGACAUAUUUUUAAAAAAACAAAUAAA